AGCUGCGCGCGCAUACCCCACGCGGCGUUCGGUCCCAGGGCGGCGGCUGGCGAGCGGUUCUGUCGCGGUUCCAGACCCAUCCCGCUUCCCGUCAUGGCGCUGCACGUGCCCAAGGCCCCGGGCUUCGCCCAGAUGCUGAAGGAGGGCGCGAAGCAUUAUUCUGGAUUAGAAGAAGCUGUGUUUAGGAACAUCCAGGCAUGUAAGGAGCUUGCCCUAACCACCCGUACUGCUUAUGGACCAAAUGGAAUGAACAAAAUGGUAGUCAAUCAUCUGGAGAAACUUUUUGUUACAAAUGAUGCUGCAACGAUCUUAAGAGAGCUGGAGGUCCAGCAUCCUGCUGCCAGAAUGAUUGUAAUGGCUUCCCAUAUGCAAGAGCAAGAAGUUGGAGAUGGAACAAAUUUUGUCCUUGUUUUUGCUGGGGCUCUUCUUGAGCUAGCUGAAGACCUUCUGAGAAUGGGAUUAUCAGUUUCUGAGGUGAUAGAAGGCUAUGAAAAGGCCUGCAAGAAAGCCCUAGAAAUUCUUCCUGAUCUAGUAUGCUGUUCUGCAAAAAAUCUUCGAGAUGUUGAAGAAGUAUCAUCUUUGCUGCACACCUCAGUAAUGAGCAAGCAAUAUGGCAAUGAAGUCUUCCUGGCCAAUCUUAUUGCUCAGGCAUGUGUGUCUAUUCUUCCUGAUUCUGGUCAUUUCAAUGUUGACAGUAUCAGAGUGUGUAAAGUUUUGGGCUCUGGUAUCUCUGCCUCUUCAGUACUUCAUGGCAUGGUUUUUAAAAAGGAAACCGAGGGAGAUGUGACUUCUGUCAAAGAUGCUAAAAUAGCUGUUUAUUCCUGUCCUUUUGAUGGCACAAUAACUGAAACCAAGGGCACUGUGCUGAUAAAGAAUGCUGAAGAACUGAUGAGUUUCAGCAGAGGAGAAGAAAAUCUAAUGGAGCUGCAGGUUAAGACCAUUGCUGAUGCUGGUGCAAAUGUAAUAGUAACAGGUGGCAAAGUGGCAGAUAUGGCACUUCAUUAUGCCAACAAAUACCAUCUGAUGUUAGUCAGGUUGAACUCAAAAUGGGAUCUCAGGAGACUCUGUAAAACUGUUGGUGCAGCUGCUCUUCCUAGACUGAUUCCACCUACGCCAGAAGAAAUGGGUCAUUGUGAUAGUGUUUACUUGUCAGAGGUUGGGGAUACACAAGUUGUUGUGUUUAAGCAUGAAAAGGAAGAUGGCUCCAUAGCUACUAUACUUAUCCGUGGAUCUACAGACAAUUUAAUGGAUGAUGUAGAGAGAGCAGUAGAUGAUGGUGUUAAUACUUUCAAAGUACUCACUAGGGACAAGCGUCUUGUCCCUGGAGGUGGUGCAACAGAAAUUGAGUUGGCCAAGCAGAUCACGUCCUAUGGAGAGACCUGUCCUGGGCUAGAUCAGUAUGCUAUCAAGAAAUUUGCUGAGGCCUUUGAAGCCAUUCCCCGAGCACUGGCAGAAAAUUCUGGAGUAAAGGCUAAUGAAGUUAUCUCCAACCUGUAUGCAGUGCAUCAAGAAGGCAACAAAAAUGUUGGAUUUGAUAUUGAGGCUGAGGUUGCAGCUGUGAAGGAUAUGUUGGAAGCUGGUGUGUUAGACACAUACCUUGGAAAACACUGGGCCAUCAAGCUGGCUACAAAUGCUGCAAUAACUGUGCUCAGAGUAGAUCAGAUCAUCAUGGCAAAACCGGCUGGUGGACCCAAACCUCCAUCGGGAAAGAAAGAUUGGGAUGAAGACCAAAAUGAUUGAACAGUUUAAUUGUACUUCCUAAAUAAAAUAGGGUUGUGUGUGUUUUGUAGUACUCCAGUUGGGGCAUGUUCUGAUGUCUUAUUCCUCACAUUAAGUUAUGAGACUGUCUAGUAAAAAGUGCAGAAUCUCUACCACUUCAAUAAAUGCACUUGCAAUAUAAAA